GGUACUGUGCGGAUCUGGUGCGGGUUUCGAAUUUUAUUCGUAAGUAAUCGCGAGUUCCGGUUCGGUUCGGUUCGGUUUCCCGUGUUUUUCCGUGUGUUUCGUGUUUAUUCUUUUCUAGUGUUGUGAUUUUUUGUUUUUCCUACAAUGAAAUCACGUCCAAUGGCGAUGGUGAAGCAGUAAGAACGCAGUCCAUAGCAAAGCCCGGUCCUAAGACCUACCCCUUCGACCUCUCCUCCACCACCACCCCCGCCUGGUUCCCGUCCAUCCUUUGGACACGUAGAAGCAAUUCGUUGUUUGCCAGCAUCAGCAGUGGCAGCAGCAGCAGCAUCACCGAGCAUAUCCAGGCAUCGAAAUAGUGGGGAAUGGUCGUACACCCGACGCACGCUUGUCGACAUCAGCAUUAACCAGCAGUGGCAGCAGCAGCAUCAUCAUCAUCAUCAUCACCAGCGCUGUCGUCGCCAGUCGUGGACAAGCAUUCGGCGUGAUUGGAUGCACAUUUCGAUCGGUUUCCACGUUUGAGCGAUACGCGCGUCAGUCAAACCUCCUGUCCUCGGUGCGCUUCGUCUUGCGCGUGGAAGGAGUGAGCGGUCACGCCACGUGGUUCCUCCUGUAUGCAAGUAGUACAGCUCAGCAGCCGAUACUGAAUGGUGGUGGUGAUUUGCAAUCAUAUCGUGUGUAACAGUUAGUGGCAAGCGGUUAGUGAUAACGAUCGAUCGAAUAUUGUGUGUUUCCGUGCCUGGGUGCCUGUGGGUGGUCAAGAACGUCCGUAGUGAACGAAACCCCAAUCACGAUGGUAAUUUCGAAAAUUUGCUGUAUCGGUGCCGGAUACGUGGGAGGGCCUACGUGCAGCGUGAUGGCACUCAAAUGCCCGGAUAUUCAGAUAACGGUCGUCGAUCGUAGCACCGAACGGAUAGCCCAAUGGAACUCGGACAAGCUGCCAAUAUACGAGCCCGGUCUAGACGAAGUGGUCCGGCAGUGCCGCAACCGUAACCUGUUUUUCUCCACCGACAUCGAGAAAGCGAUCCAGGAGGCGGAACUCAUCUUCAUCUCCGUCAACACGCCCACCAAAACGUACGGUAAUGGGCGAGGCCGGGCGGCGGAUCUAAAGUACGUCGAGGGCUGUGCCCGUAUGAUCGCCGAAAUGUCCCAGAACAGUAAGAUCGUGGUGGAGAAAAGUACGGUACCGGUGCGGGCAGCCGAAAGCAUUAUGCACAUCCUCAAAGCAAACCACAAACCGGGCGUGAAGUAUGACAUCCUAUCGAAUCCCGAGUUUCUCGCCGAGGGAACGGCGGUGGAGGAUCUGCUCAAGCCCGAUCGUGUGCUGAUCGGGGGAGAACAAACACCCGAGGGGCAGGCGGCUAUCGAAAAGCUUUGCUGGGUGUACGAACACUGGAUCCCGAAGAAGAACAUCAUUACGACCAACACCUGGAGCUCGGAACUGUCCAAACUGGCGGCGAAUGCAUUCCUCGCGCAACGCAUUUCCUCGAUCAACUCACUGUCCGCGGUGUGCGAGGCAACCGGUGCCGACGUGUCCGAGGUUGCACGGGCCGUUGGAUUGGAUUCUCGCAUUGGGCCAAAAUUUCUGCAGGCAUCGGUCGGAUUCGGGGGUAGCUGCUUCCAGAAGGACAUCCUCAACCUUGUGUACAUCUGCGAGGGCCUUAACCUGCCGGAGGUGGCCGCCUACUGGCAGCAGGUGAUCGACAUGAACGACUACCAGAAGACGCGCUUCUCGCAGAAGAUCAUCGAGUGUUUGUUCAACACGGUCACCGACAAGCGCAUCUCGAUACUGGGCUUUGCGUUCAAGAAAAACACGGGAGACACACGGGAAACGCCCGCGAUCACCGUUUGCCGGACGCUGCUCGACGAGGGCGCCCAGCUCAACAUCUACGAUCCGAAGGUGGAACCGGAGCAGAUCAUCGCCGACCUGACGCACCCGAAGGUUACCGAGAGCCCGGAACACGUGAAGCGCGCCGUACAGAUCUUCGCCGAUCCGUACGAUGCGGUCCGGGGCACGCAUGCUCUCGUCGUGUGCACCGAAUGGGAUGAGUUUGUCGUAUGUCAUCAAUGUCACCGACACCACGCGUCGAAGCCGACCGGCACGGACCACCCCUACCAUCACCUUCCGCCCCACCAUCCUUCGUCACACCACGAACCAAGGUGCCCGGUCGUUUCUAAUACUGUACCCGUUGUCCCUUUUGCUUUCUUCCCGCAGAGUCUCAACUACGAGCGUAUCUACGCGUCGAUGAUGAAGCCGGCGUACAUCUUCGAUGGGCGUAAGAUUCUGCCACACGAACGGCUCCAGCAGAUCGGGUUCCACGUGCAGACGAUCGGGAAGCGGCUGUUGCAGCAGCAGCACCACGACCCAACCGUGCGGCCCUUCCCGAGCCAUCUGACCAACGGGCACGGCAGCUACGGACCGCUGGCGGCGAACGGCGACGGUCCGAGUGCGCAGGCCUAG